AUGGUUUCAGAUGGUUCAUCAUAUUACUCUGAAGAUUCAGAGAGAAGUUUGACGUCAGAUGAGGAAAAUUACUCUGAAGGAAGCUGGGAAGAUGAAGAAGACGAGGAGUAUAUAUAUAAUUCGAGGGAAGUUUUUGGUUUAAAGCUAAUAGCAGAUGAAAAAAGUGGAAUUAAACCUUUGGAUAAUGGAGAAUUUCAGGUAGAUGGAUCUGACGGGGUAACACGCUGGAUUAGAGUCAUGAUUGACAGUAGUAUUCAGACUGAGCACAGAAAGGUAGUAGAGGAAGUUUUAAAUAAAGUAUUUAAAGGGUCUGAAUUUUCGAGCGGUAACUUUAAUCUGGAGUAUCCUGCCAAAGUUAAAGUAACAAACAAAAAGACUGGUAUAGAGGAAUAUUUAAUCCUGGACUUCCAGUUACCGAGGGGAGAUGAGAUUUUAUUGGCAAAAAUUCCUUCAGAAAGUAAACCUGUAGUUAACUCUCUAAUGUCUCAUCUUUAUAUCUACAAACAUAAUGAAGGUGGGCUCCAAUUUAAAAAUUAUCACAAAGACCAAAAAGUUGACGAUUGCUUUGGUUUUAAAACAUGGCACAAGUAUCAUCACAAAUAA